AUGAUAUUUAUUGUAGAUAUGUGUUACCGUCAUUGUGUACUUUUCCUGAUAAUCGUUCUCAUACUGAAUCAAGCUGCUGAUGCAAGAAGAAUAUUCGAUCUAGAACGGAUCAAACGUGAUACAGCUUGCCCUGGACCGUACCACGUCUUGACAUCGGACAAUCGCUGUGUUUGGAGUUGUUCCGAAGGUACUACACCGGACAACAACAGCAAUGAAUGUAUUUGCCAACCUGGUCUCGUCGAAACAGGUCUCGAUCAAUUCAACCGAAGAGUUUGUACCGCACCUUGUCCCGGACCCUAUCACGUUUUGACAUCGGACAAUCGCUGUGUUUGGAGUUGUUCCGAAGGUACUACACCGGACAACAACAGCAAUGAAUGUAUUUGCCAACCACGUCUCUAUGAAAUCGGUCACGAUGCAUUUGGCCGUCGAGUUUGUGGUGCAUGUCGCGGACCAUACCAUGUCCUAACUGCCGAUAACCGAUGCGUUUGGAGUUGUGCUCAAGAGAAGAAUACAAUCGAUUAUGUCGUUAUUUUCGAUUGUUUGAAAUUUCAUUUCUUCAAGUUAUCGGUCGACAUGGGUAACAGCGGACAGCGAAUGAAAUAUGGCAAGACACUAACAGAAGCCAACGUUGCUGAACUCUCAGGACUAUCCGGCUUCACACCUGACCAAGUCCGUGAAUGGCACUCAGGCUUUUUGAAAGAUUGCCCAACCGGAAAAUUGAAUAAGAAGAAGUUCGUCGAUGUCUACAAACAAUUUUACCCGAUGGGGAAAGCUGAAAAAUUCUGUGAAUAUGUUUUUCGAACAUUUGAUAAUGACAGUUCAGGCAAUAUCGAUUUUGGAGAAUUUCUAAUUGCUAUUUCAAUCACUGCACAACAGGAACCAAAACGCAAGCUCGAAUGGGCAUUCUCUAUGUAUGAUAUUGAUCGAAAUGGUUUUAUUGAAAAGAAAGAAAUGAAGAAGAUCAUGGAGGCUAUUUUUGAUCUUCUCGGCGAGGAACGAAAGGGUAACAAUUCACCAGAAUUGAAAGUCGAUCAAAUUUUUACGAAAAUGGACACAAAUGGAGACGGCAAGUUGUCCAAAGAAGAAUUUGUCAAUGGUUGCUUACAAGACGACUACUUGAGAAGAUUACUCGCACCAUCAGCUUCAUAA